AUGGCCGACAACGCCGAAAACGGCAGCCCCGUGCAGCCCGGGCCCGAGAUGGGCGGGGCCCCGCAGGCGAGCGAGCACUUGAACAUCAAGGUUACCGACAACAACAACGAGGUCUUCUUCAAGAUCAAGCGCAGCACGAAACUAGAGAAGCUCAUGACGGCCUUUUGCGAGCGCCAGGGCAAGACGCUCGCCUCGGUCCGGUUCCUCUUUGAGGGCCAGCGCGUCCAGCCGACAGAUACCCCGGACACGUUGGAGAUGCAGGACGGCGAUACGCUCGAAGUCCACCAAGAGCAGGUCGGUGGCUGUUAG